CACACUUGAUGGCUGCUCCUGCUAGCUUGGGCUUUCUUGCAGUCCGGGUACACGCUGCUGUUCCUGAGAAUAAAACUUCCAAAAAGAACCUACUAAAAGUUGGUGAGCUUUCACUCUACACCAGUCCAACACCAAAAUCAAAGUAUGUAGAUGAUCAACAGACACAGCUGGAGGAUAGUAUCUGUUAUCUGCGACAUUCUUUGGAGCCGUAUACAGCCUGGUUUCAGAAUGUUUAUGGCAAAGUCUUGCCCAGAACAGAAAAAGCAGUGAAAUAUGGUAAAGAUGGCUGUGAAUUUCUCAAACACCCACCACCUGGAUUUUACCCAAGGCUUGGAGUCAUAGGCUUUGCUGGUGUUGUUGGAUUGUUCCUGUCUAGAGGUUCCAAAAUAAAGAGGUUGGUGUACCCAAUAGGAUUCAUGGGGAUUGGUGCCUCGCUAUACUAUCCACAGCAAGCCAUUGCUAUUGCCAAGGUAACUGGUUCUCAGCUGUAUGACUGGAGUUUGCAAGCAUACAUAACAAUAGAAUCUCUCUGGAAAGAAAGUCCAAAAAAGAAAAGAUCUUCAAAAGCAUCUGACAAGGGUGAUGCAGACAGAGACAAGACAGUGAAAGUACAAGAAGGUACUUCUGAAUAAAGAACAAUAAAAUAGAAUUCACUUCUCAAAAAG